AUACUCUAGCUUUGUCCCAUUUUAUUUGUCUAUUUGUAAACAAGCUAGCUAGCAUACUUCACUUUAUAUAAACAUACAAACCUAUGCUAGUUUGCUUAUCCCUACAAACUGAGUUUAACUAUACUUACCCAUUCCCUGCCCAAAAAUAUGAGUGACUCAAAGCAUGUAACCACUACAAACAAUGCCCAAUAUGUUUCAGAUAUGAAACGUGAGGCUGUGCUGGAAUUCUCCCCGGAAGAGGAAGAUAUUGUUGCAAAAAUGUUUAGAUUGGUUGGAAAAAGAUGGCAUCUCAUUGCUGGGAGAAUCCCUGGAAGAACCGCAGAAGAGAUUGAAAAGUUUUGGACUUCAAAGGGCUCUUCAUCCAAAGUUAAUUAAAUGGAGAUCUUCUUUUACCUAAAAUGAAACUUCUUAUUUUCUGUCGAAAUAAAUAAAUAAAAGUAAUUUCUUAUGUAAUUUUAUUUAAGCAACUUCUUAUUUAAUUAUUAUUGUAAUUGUUAUUAAGAUGCUUGCAUUUUUAGGAUAAAUAUUAUAUGAUGAAAAUCUACUAAAUGGAUUGCUAUAUGAGCUCUUUUAUGGAAAUAAAAUUAUGUAUA